UUCAAACACUCUUCAUAGUCCCUCAGUAGUUACUGCAACACAAGGCACUUACUAGUAUAACAGACACACCCUACACAGUUUAAACAGCAAACAAUUCAAACAAAAGCAGGACUUUGUUAUGAGAACAACAGAGCGUGUAUGUUUGACCAUCGCAGUACAAGUGAGUGCUUGUUCUCAGGACUUGAAAUCUCCGCUCUUUGCACAAUCAAUGAAUAAGCAAGGCAUGCUGGGAUGUGUGUAACAUAUAGCCUGUUGGGCGGGUGAGAUUUAUACUUGGUGAGCUUUACUCGGCCACAUCAGCAUGAAGAUAAUACUCAGAUAAGGCAACGCUUCGCCACUCGCACAGGUAUAAAAGAGUGGCUCGGGGUAAAGUUAGGCCACUGUCAGGAUCACACAACAGUCUGUCAUCAUCAUGACCUUCAACGGGACCUGGAAAGUCGACCGCAAUGAGAACUACGAGAAGUUCAUGGAACAAAUGGGCGUCAACAUGGUGAAAAGGAAACUGGCUGCCCAUGACAACCUGAAGAUCACCCUGGAGCAGACCGGAGACAAGUUCAACGUGAAGGAAGUCAGCACUUUCCGCACACUGGAAAUUAACUUUACUCUGGGCGUCACCUUUGACUAUUCUCUGGCAGACGGCACUGAGCUCACAGGAUCCUGGGUCAUAGAGGGAGACACGCUCAAGGGGACUUUCACACGCAAGGACAACGGAAAGGUACUAACAACAGUCAGGACUAUCGUUAAUGGUGAACUUGUACAGGUGAGGAGUUGUUUCUUAUAUAUUAUGACGAAUGUUUGGAUUUCCUGUAAAGUAGUGUUCUCACUUUUUGCAUUUGCUUACAGAGCUAUAGCUAUGAUGGAGUCGAGGCCAAGAGGAUUUUCAAGAGGGCUUAAACUGUUAUCUGCACUCCCAAUGUCAAACUUACAACUGAAGUGGGACAAUAUGAAACUUUAUAGUGUUUGAAUAUUUAACCUGAAAAUAGCUUUAAUGAUUGGCAGCCCUAAAGUUUACAAAACAUUUAUGUAAAUCGUGUCAUUUGCACUGUGAGUUUUGAUAUUUAUGAUAAUAAAGCUAUCUUAAGGCCCUUUUGUGAAUGGA